AUGUUGGCAAUACUUUUAUUCCUGUCUUGUAUUACAGCGUGUUUAGCUGGUCCGUCAAACAUAGUUCGGCCGUGCAAGUUUUCGAACACCCCAUGUUUGCGAGAAAUUUUCCGAUUGAACUCAGGAUGUAAUCCGAAUGUCCGAGGUUCAAUUCCCACUCAGUACACGAUACCAACUUUCGUGUUUCAUACCCCAUACUUCAAUUCAACAUAUAUAGAUAGAAACUUGAUAAUUGGAAAUCAUAAUAAAUGCCAGAUCUCGGAAUUCUUCUAUAACACUAAGACGGACGUACUUGUUAUCGCAAUAGACUGUCCAUUCCUCGCAUUCGAAUCGACCAGGAUACUCCUACAGCAUCGUUCCUUGGCUGAAGACACCAGUUUUGAAUAUUAUUAUAAGGGGACCUAUCCUUUGAUUCGUCUAACAAUGAACAUACGCAAUGCCAUCAACAUGGACGUCUGCUCAGCGUACACCUUUGCAGAUGUGACAGCGCUGCCGAUCUUUCAAAUCAAUCCGAAUGAUCCAAAAACGGCGAAUUUCCUGUCAAGAGAUCUGACACUGUUGAAUAUCUUCGAACGCGAGACGUUUUACGGGAGAGCAAGACAACUCAUGCUAAAAUAUAUAAAUUCUUAUAUCUGUGAUUUUGGUUGCAAAUAA